UUUGGCAUAAAAUUGAAGUGCUAAAAUCCUUGUAACUUAUAAAUAGAUCAUCAAAGGAUCUUACUCCAUGCUUAUUUCCAAAGCAACAUAAUCGAUCUCCGAAAAGAAAUCAAUAGAAAUGAGUCUCCUCUUCUCCUCUUUACUGCAAAUAUUGUCAUUCUUGACUGUCCUCUCUUUCAAAUGCAUAUUCUCUUUAAGUUUAGAGACUGAUAGGCAAGCCUUGAUCUCCUUUAGCUCUCAAAUAACCUCAGAAUCUCCCAAUUCUCCAACUUCAUGGGACUUGAAUUCGUCUCCAUGCAAUUGGGUAGGAGUUGCCUGCAACAGAUUUGGCCACAGAGUGGUUGCCCUCAACCUCUCCAGCAUGGGACUUUCUGGCUCCAUAAGCCCUUAUAUUGGCAAUCUCUCCUUUCUUCGCUCCCUCGAGCUUCAAAACAAUCAACUUUCAGGGACACUUCCUGACGAAAUCUGUCACCUUUCUCGUCUAAGACUCCUGAACCUGAGUUCCAACAGCUUGCAUGGUUCGAUACCAUCGAAUAUAAGCAAGUUGAGGGAGCUCACGGUGCUUGACAUGUCAAUGAAUCACAUUACAGGAAGAAUUCCUGAAGCUCUCACCUUGCUUGCCAACAUCCAAGUUUUGAACUUGGGACGAAAUCUUCUCUGGGGUACAAUUCCACCAUCUAUAGGAAAUCUUUCAUCAUUGGAGGAUUUGAUCUUAGGCACAAAUACUCUUAGUGGCAACAUACCCAGUUGUUUAAGCCAUCUUCGAAAGUUGAAGGUUCUUGAUCUCACCAUUAACAAUCUCACUGGGAUAGUUCCUUCCACCAUUUACAACAUGUCAUCUCUAGUUCAAUUGGCCUUGGCUGCCAACCAGCUGUGGGGUGAAAUUCCAAGUGAUGUUGGAGUGACCCUUCCAAAACUUUUGGUCUUCAAUUUCUGCUUCAAUAAGUUCACUGGAACAAUUCCUGGUUCUUUGCACAAUCUCACAAAUAUAAAGGUCAUUCGUAUGGCGUCUAAUCUUUUAGAAGGAACGGUGCCACCAGGUUUAGGAAAUCUUCCAUUCCUGGAGAUGUACAAUAUUGGUUACAAUAGGAUUGUUAGCUCUCUUGGAUUCAUCAUCACUUCCUUAACAAACAGCACCCGUCUAAAAUUUCUGGCCAUUGAUGGCAACCUCUUGCAGGGUGUUAUUCCAGAAUCUGUUGGCAAUCUCUCCAAGGAUCUCUCGAAAUUAUACAUGGGAGGCAGUGGUAUAUAUGGUGAUAUGCCGGCCUCAAUUGGUCAUCUUACUAGCCUAACCUUGUUAAACUUGAGCUACAACUACAUCACUGGUGAAAUACCUGCUGAAAUUGGUCAGUUGGAGAACCUGCAAAAGUUGGAUCUUGCUGGAAAUCGAAUUGCUGGAAGGAUUCCAGAUUCUCUUGGUAAUCUCCAAAAGUUAAAUCAAAUUGAUUUAUCAGGAAAUGAAUUGGUGGGAAGAAUACCCACUGCUUUUGGGAAUUUCCAUAGUCUUCUUUCCUUGGACUUGUCCAACAACAAGCUCAAUGGAGCCAUACCCAAAGAAAUUCUCAAUCUCCCAAGCUUGAGUAUGACCUUGAACUUGUCUAACAACUUCCUGAAUGGGAAUUUGUUGGAGGAAAUUGGGUUUCUGGAAAGUAUUGUUGCCAUUGACCUCUCUAACAACAGUUUAUCGGGUAACAUUCCCAGCUUACUCAAAAACUGCAAGAGCUUGGAGAAGUUUUACAUUGCUAGAAAUUCAUUAUCAGGCCCUAUUCCAAUCUCUUUAGGAGAAUUGAAAGGCCUGGAAAUUCUAGAUAUUUCCCAUAACCAUCUUUCUGGCUCCAUUCCUUUUGAGCUUGUAAAACUGCAGGCACUUCAGUCUUUGAACCUUGCAUUUAAUGAUCUAGAUGGAGUAGUUCCCUGUGAUGGAAUAUUUACAAAUCUCACUAGAGUCCAAUUAGAAGGCAACCCAAAGCUUUCCUUGCAUCUCACAUGUCAGAAUUCUCGAGGUCGGGGAAGAAGACUAAUUAAAGUUUAUAUCGUCAUCUCUAUCAUGGCAACUUUAGCUUUGUGCUGCUCCAUUGGUUCUUUAUACUAUAUAAGGAAAAAGAGAGCGAAGGUUGCUUUAUCUUCCAGCAGCUUGAUCAAGGAGCAUCAUCAAUUAGUUUCAUACCAUGAACUUCGCCAAGCAACUGGAAACUUCAACGAGCGGAAUUUGAUUGGAAGUGGGAGCUUUGGGUCAGUGUACAAAGGCUAUCUUGGAGAUGGUUCUGUGGUAGCAAUCAAGGUAUUUGACACCAAACAGGUCGGAUUUGAAAAGAGUUUUUUUUCAGAGUGUAAGGCUUUAAGAAAUCUUAGACAUCGAAAUCUUGUUAAGCUGGUCACAUCUUGCUCGAGCCUAGACUUAAAGAAUGAAGAAUUUCUGGCGCUAGUUUACGAGUUCCUCGAUAGUGGGAGCUUGGAAGACUGGAUUAAGGGCAAGAGAAAGAAAGAAAAUGGAUUUGGACUAAAUCUCAUGGAGAGGUUGAAUGUGGCUAUUGACGUAGCCAGUGCCGUGGAUUACCUGCACCAUGACUCUGAAGUUCCUGUGGUGCACUGUGAUUUGAAGCCCAGCAACAUUCUUCUGGAUGAGGACUUGACUGCUAAAGUAGGAGAUUUUGGCCUGGCGAGGCUGCUGAUGGAGAAAGCAGGCGAUCAAACUUCAAUUAGUUCCACCCAUGUCCUCAAAGGUUCCAUAGGCUACAUUCCUCCAGAGUAUGGCCUAAGUGUGAAACCGUCAGUAGCUGGAGAUGCAUACAGCUUCGGAGUGCUAUUGCUAGUGUUGUUUACUGGGAAGAGCCCAACCGACGAGAGUUUGCAGGGCGAACAAAAUCUAGUUGGAUGGAUCCAAUCAGCUUUUCCAACCAGACCACUGCAAGUUCUGGACCCAGAUUUGCUCAUGCUCAUGGAUACUCUUGGCCAUGAGGAUCACUCUAUAAACGCAGAACUUCAACAAGAAUGUGUGAUCACAAUUCUUGAGAUUGGAUUAUCAUGCACUGCAGCCUCUCCUGACAGCCGCAUCAGCAUAAGACAUGCUCUGCGCAAGCUCCAAGCUACUAAGGACAGCCUUGUUAAUUCAUCUCCCAAAGCUUCCAAGUACGAUGAGCAAGACAAAUAUUUAUCUCAAUCCAGUCCAUCAUAAGUUAAGGCA